GUGUGCAAAAGAGGAUGCCCCUGUCCUUAAUCACUUCUCAUUUCUUGGUGCUUCCUGCACUAGUGUUGAUAAACUUCCCCUCUAUGUCAAAAUAAGUUUCUUUUGAAAUGUGUGAACCACCCCACACUUCAAAUGUAUUUGCUGCGCUCUCACUUCCCUGCUUUUAUAACAUUAAAAUGUGAAACCUACAAGCAAGAAGCUGGUCAGUACAAGAGGCAAUAGCAAGCAGUGCCACGGAAUUAGAGUGCCGAGAGAGCCAUGGAGACCCACCCUGCCCUCCUCCUUGUCCUCUGGGCACAACUGCCCCGGAACAUCAUCUCCGCAGAGACGAAAGGGCUGCCAGCCUCUACCCCCCCUCCAGCGAAGCUGCCUAUCACUAGAGCUGACAUCCGGACCCAGCCGUGGACGCCUCCGCCCAGCGAAUCGGACGACUCCGCCAAAAACAACAGGGAAUUGUUCACCACGGAGCCCAGCCACCCGAGAACAGAGGCGCCGGCGUCUCACGACGGGCACUUGAUCGCCGCCGUGAUCAUUGGGGUCACCCUGAUUGUCAUGAUCGUGGUUAUUGUCGGCAUCUUCUUGUGGAGGCGGUGGAAAAGGGCCGCUUCGCCUCUCCCCCACUGGGCCGGACGCUCUCCGUUCGCCGACGGAGACCUGCCGGACGUGAGUGCAGAGAAAGAAUCCGGCCAAGGGCCGAAGCGGGUCUCGGUGCUUUCUCUCCUUCCCUGGAAGCUGAACAAGGAUACGGAGCUGCUGGAAAAUGCCGAGGGGCCCUCGUCGGCCUCGGAGCAGAAUCUGGAGCUGCCCCCUGGACCGCCGGGCUCCCAGGAGACAGAGUCCUGCCCCACCACGACGGGGAACUCUGAUUCUUCAGCGAGCAUGCAAACCACCCUCUCGGAGGAACCAAGCGGCUUGGUCGAGGUCCCUUUGCAGCCGGACGCUCCGGGACCACUGGAUCCGCCUCCUCCACCCAACGGGUUUGGAGAAAUCCACGGAGAUCUGUGUCCUAACCCAAGCGAGUCUCUCUCACCUCAGCCAAUCACGGACGCCCAGUGUCCUGUACCUCUAGACCCCUCCUAUCAAAUCCCAGAAGAAGCACUGCCUCCACCUCCGGAAGAUCUCCUAUUUAAUUGAUUUAAAGGAAGAUUUGAGGUCAAUUUCAAAUUGCGUUCCCUUUUAUUAAAAAAAUAAUAAUACAUCCCUAGGGAAUAAAACUGUGUAGCACCAAGCUUGGAGAUCUAUAAAGGCUGCCUCUGCGUGUACCUUUUUGAAAAGAAGCAUCAUCUACUUCAACUUGGCCUAUGAGACUCCAUCUUGUCCGGCACGCCAUCUUCCCCACAGGGAUCCCUCCGAUCCUUUCAGGAAGGCCGCAAGAAAUGCGGCAAAACAGUAAUUGGUAUUCAGGGAUACUGUAUACUGCUCCUGCUGAUGGAGUCUUCACUGAUCCCCUUGGAAUUGCUCAUACCUUUCCUGACCUCAAGAGGUGCUGUAAUCUGGGCUGCGAAGACAUUCAGUUUCCCAGUGAAAUCUGUCACCAUGGCACACUCUAAACAUCUCAAAGAGCUUUAAUUCUGACACCCUCCUCCGCAGUUUCCAUUUAAAACAGCUGGGUUUUUUUUUUU